GACAGGCGCGUUGACGUCGCCACGUUCAAGGUCAGAGGUUUACGGAUCACCACGUGACUGGCGCAAGAUGGCGGAGGUUCUUCAGCGGAAACUUCAGUCGGAGGUGGAGAAAUAUCAGGGAGUUCAGAAAGAUCUGACCAAAUGUCUUUCUGCAAGACAAAAACUGGAGGCUCAGGUGACUGAAAACACAAUUGUUAAGGAGGAGUUGGACCUCUUAGAAUCAACGAACAGCGUUUUCAAGCUCAUUGGUCCAGUUCUGGUUAAGCAGGACCUGGAGGAAGCCAAGUCAACAGUCGCUAAACGAUUGGAAUAUAUCAAUGGAGAAAUAAAGCGAUAUGAAGGACAGAUGAAGGAACUGGAAAAGAAAUCGGAACAGCAGAGAGAAACGCUUGCUAAGCUGCAGCAGGAUUUCCAGAAAGUUCAGGGGAAAACCCCGAUCAAAGUGUGAGACCCCCCCCCGCCAAAAACCCUGCACCCCCCACCCACCUUCACACGCCCACCGCCCCAAGUCCUGCCUUUCCCUUAACCGUGGUCACCCCAGCAACCCAAACUCUUUGCUGGCAAAUGAUUAACCCCUGGUUUUGAGGAGAUUGCCUUGUGCAGAAUCUGUCGAGCCCCUCAUUUGAGAGAAGUUAUUCAACAAUUUGAUGCAUCACGUUCCGAGUCUUAAGUGAGUUGUCACUCCCAGGGCCGGCCGUGGUUUUGUUUAUAAAACUUAUUUAAGUCUCUUUUAGCUCGGGAAGUGUCACUGUCUAUUUUAUUGAGCUUGGUUCCCUCGCUGUGAGCUGCUCUGUGCCUGUCAGGCACUUGGCACUCACACCAGGAGUAUGACGUUGAAUCUGCAACAGGAUUUAUCCUCUCAAAGUGAAAUAAAGAGGCCAAGUAAUUAUCA